GGAAAAUGGAGGCAGCGGUUUGGAAAAGUUAGCGUGAAGUGUACGCGCUUUGAUUGGAUAAACUUUUUAAAAAAACACAUUGGAGACGCAGAAAGGCAUUUCAAUCGCAAGGCUUUGUCUUCCCAAAAAAGCUAUCGUUCCAUAAAGGUUGGUGUUGUGGGUCACAGUGGAAGCGGAUAGCGGAGGUGUGGAGAGUGGUUUGGGUUGUUGGAGGCGGCGGCUUCCGCGAAAAGUGGUGGGUACCGUUCGAUUCAUUGGUUGGGCGCUGUCUUGUUGGCGUAUUUGUUGGUUGAUUAAGGUCAUUGACGGAAUGAAGAUUUCUCCGGGUUGGGAUGAUCCAUAUGUCCCUCGCACACAUGAAGGUGUUCUGAAGUGGAAAUACCCUAUAAUGCACUCUGUUCAUUUCGUCUGUGAGGUUGUCCAAGUAUUUGUUCCGAAGUUCAAAAUUAAAAUUAGUUGAUUUGGUGUUAUACUCUUUUGUAAUAUGACAAUUUGUUAAUGAUUCCUUUGUUGGAUUGUUGAUUCCCGUCAUAUGAAGUAAUUAGCCAUAUGAAGUAAUUUCUCCAAUUGGACAUGUGAAGUUUAUUUUUGAUUCCCGUCAUAACAGGUUGUUGUAUUUGUGAAGUAAUUUAUGAUUCCUUGAUUUGUGAAGUGUAUUUUUUGUUGAAUUUGUUUUGUUGUGAUUCCUUAUUGUAUUAUUAUUAAAUUUUUAUAGGUUGUUGAUGAAUCAUGGCUGGAAAGAGUAGGAAAGAUAAAGUUUUAGAACAGGAACGAGUAAGUAUUUUGGGUAUGUUAUUAAAUUGUGAAUCGGACAAGAAGCCAUCUUUUGAAGUGCAGUGUGUGGACACUCCAAUUCAACCUAAUGGUCAUGACUGUGGGGUCCUAGUAUUGAAAUUCAUAGAGAUGUGGGAUGGUGUUAGUCAAUUUAAUGGCAAAGCCCUGCCUAACUACACUACUGAGGAGCUGCAAUUAAUUAGGCAGAAAUUCGUUUGUGAUUGGGUUUUAAAUGAAGAUAAUGUCCUUCGCGAUGAAGUUAUUCAGCACUACGAUCUGCUGUUGAAGAAAUAGCUAUUGUGAAUGUAGAAAUUAUAAUUCUAUCACAAGAUUUUUGAGACAAUUUUACAUAGGGAUAGUUAGAUUGAGGUAGACAAAGUCAAUUAUGUUGCCACAAUUGUAUAUAUUGUUUAAUCAUUUG